GAUCUGACUGUCAGAAACAGAUCUCGGCAAUGGAUAUUCGGUAUAAAAGAAACAGCAUCUUCAGAUUCACGUCGUAUUCGCGUGGUACCUACGUCGAACAACAUUCGCUGCCACUUCAACGUCUCCUGCAGAUCGGCACUUCCGACUAUUCCAAUCUUUUUCUACGUGUUACCGUCUCCUAAAGAGACAUCUAAAUCAAUGGCUAACUACGUGAGAUUUGCUGUCAUUGUCGCUAUUAUCAUCGGAAUCGUUGGUGGAGAGGAGGAGUCCAGUGAGCUCGAGGAUAUCGACAGGAACAUUCUCGGAUUGAAUCUUCCCUACGGCAGAAGAUUGGAUAGCGAAUUGCAGCUGGCCAGAUUGAUGCUAGUGGCUCCGCGAUUGUGUCAUCCCAAACGUAAUUCCGAGCUUAUAAACUCAUUAUUGGGUCUACCGAAAAAUAUGCAUAAUGCUGGGAAACGCAAGUAAUUUCACUUGGUUGUACAAGAUCAUUCAAAGAUAUAUCACAUAUAUGAAGAUAUAGAAAUAUACACCUCGUAAAUUAUCCACCAAAGAAUAUAUAUGAGAACGAAAUAUUUAAGAAAAUCAAACAGGAUUUAUCAGCGAUGUUCCAGAAACAUGGAUCUUGUAUAAAAUGAAUCAAUACUAAUAAAUGUAG